AUGGAAGAAGCAAAAGUGAAUCCAUGUGAAGGAUGUGGCUCAGCGUCUACGUUGAGGUGCCCAACAUGCAUCAAAAUGUGGAGACCGUCUUCUUAUUUUUGUAGCCAAGAUUGCUUCAAGAGAAAUUGGGGAGCUCAUAAAGCCAAGCACGAAGACAAUAUCACUUAUACAGGGCCACUAAGAAGAGGCUAUGUGACUCCUAUGAGAACAGUCCCAGACCACAUUGAAAAGCCUGACUAUGCAGUCACAGGGAUCCCUGUAAGCGAGCACAAAGCAAGGUCAGACAGAGAAAUCCCUGUUUACAGCACAGAGGAACUUGAUAAAAUCAGAUAUUCCAGCAGACUCGUCAGAGAAUGCUUAGAUCUGUGCCACAGGAUGAUCCGCCCUGGCUUGACCACAGAAGAAAUUGACAUUGCGGUGCACGAGUUUUGCCUUUCUAGAAAUGCUUAUCCAUCCCCUCUGAAUUACUAUCAUUUCCCUAAAUCAGUUUGCACAUCUCCUAAUGAAGUCGUAUGUCAUGGAAUUCCAGACUCCAGGCCGCUUCAAAAUGGAGACAUUGUAAACGUGGACAUCAGCAUUUAUUAUCAAGGAUUCCAUGGAGAUGCCAAUGAAACUUAUUUGGUAGGAGAAGUCGCUGACAGCUCAAAAUUAUUAGUAAGGACAACUUAUGAAGCUUUAAUGAAAGCAAUUGAAGCUUGUAAACCUGGAGUCAGAUAUAGCGAACCUGGAAAUAUUAUCAGCAAAUAUGUAGAAGAAAGAGGAUUUUCAGUGGUAAGAAGCUACUGUGGACAUGGUGUUGGGAGGAUGUUCCAUUGUGCACCAACUGUGCCGCACUAUGCUAAGAAUAAGACGCCGGGAAUUAUGAGGCCUGGGCAUGUGUUUACAAUUGAGCCGAUGAUAAACAUGGGAAACUGGAGAGAUCAGAAAUGGGAAGAUGAUUGGACUGCUGUAACUGUGGAUGGACAAAGGUCAGCACAAUUUGAACAUACUUUGCUUAUUACAGAAACAGGAGUAGAAAUUUUGAGUGGGAGACUGGAAACUUCACCUCCACUGGAGUUUUUAGAAUAA